AUGAUGUCAAGAAGUAUCAACAACCUCCCAGCACACGGUGCACCAUCCAGAGACGACUUCGCCAAGCUAGAUGAGCGACAAAGAGACCAGAUAAACGAUGUCUUCUCCGUAUUCGACGUAAACAAAGACGGCCGCCUCGACUAUCAUGAGCUGCGGUUCUGCCUGCGCGCGCUGGGCUUCGAGCUGCCCAAGUCGGAGACGUACCCGUACCUGGUCAAGUACGGCAUCCAGCCGAUCGACUGGGACCCGAAGCGCGAGUGCACGCCGGUGUGGCGCGAGUUCACGAUGCCCAUCUGGCAGGGGAUCGCGGGCACGCUCAUGUACAACCGCGACCCGGUCGAGGAGUGCCACCGCGCCUUCAAGCUGUUCGACGUCGACGGCAAGGGCAUCAUCACGCUCGACGACCUGCGGCGCACCAUGCGCGAGAUCGGCCAGAGCAUGGAGGAGCAGGAGCUGCAGUCGAUGAUUAAGGAGUUCGACUCGGAGGGCAAGGGCGGCGUCAACGUCGACGAGUUCACCAAGAUUAUGAUGACCAGGAAGCAGAAGUAG